UUUCCAGAACGCCGGGAGAAGAGAUCCAGAGAGCGGAGGCCUCCGGUUCAGUUUUUUGGAGGGCGGCCGUCCGUACACGCGCCGCUGCUACUGCUGCUACUGCCGAUGCUUGCUCGCGGCUUCUGUUGCUCGUUUUUUGCUUUUUGAAUUAAAAAAAAAAAAAUCUAGCAAUCAAUCGUUCGAUCCGAUGCUCGUGGUCCUACUACCGAAGGGCUGUAUGUAGCUUGUAGGUUUUUGGUUUUUUGUUUUGGUGCUAUAUAGAGUAUAGUUGGUCCCGCGCUUCAACUAUAGGCUUUGCAAUGAAUCAGCAGCACGUAGCACGAGAACCGAACGCAAACCGAUACCGCACGUUACGCCGCCAAUCGAAGAUUCGCACUUCGACCGUUAGAUAGCGCCACCGGACUGCGUCGUCAGAAUGAGCGAUGGCGGCGCAGUUGCCGUCGUCGCCCCGCCUACGUCACUACAGGACAAUGACGGCCCUUUGUUUCGUUUGUAAUUUGCCGAUUCUCUCUCAUCAAGUGGGCCUCGUGUGGCAGGGAGGCAAUGGGUGGGACGACAUGGUCAGAGAACAGGCGAUAUCUGACGGUUAUCUGUUAAGUGAAUCCACUUAUGCAAUCCAAGAACCGUUGGAGGAAUCGACCAUCCGUCAACGUCUCGGCGGUCGUAGGGACUCCGCCACCCAAAUAUGUUCCAUAUCGCCGCCGACGGAGACCCAGGAAACGUCACCGCCCGCCUCCGGUAGGAGACGCAGAUCGUCCCUCGCCCAACUCACCGACAUCCUGAGGGAAUGGGGCGGUGCGAAGAAACAACAGAAACAACUGCACCGGCGGGAGACCCUAGCGGAUCUGGCGAGGAGUUUACCCUGGGGACGACAGACCACCACCGAAACUGGACCGACCCCCAGUAUAUGCACCAAGUUAGGGAUUUUUGUAGCGGUACCGAGAAUAACACGAUCCACCAACACUUUCUCAUCACCGAUACGUAGUCGGACACAUUACGGAUUCAAUUCGUUCAUUUACAGACCGACACGAAACAUGACCAUCAAGCUCAGGAAACGUCGAGAAUCGAGUGCCGACUCGGGAAUAAGGAGUAUGGGCUCGAAAUCGCGUCGGGACUCGCAUCACAACUCGGCCAUUUCCGAUUUCAAGAGCGAAGUGGCGAAAUUGUGGCAACGUCGCGAGUCCGUCAACGCGACGACGACAACGUCGGCGACGAUCGCGAGUCCCAGUUCGGCGUCCCCACGUCGGGACAGCGGCGAGUCGUCGAGGAGCGGACGCAGGGACUCCACCUCGUACUCCCAUCACGCAUCCAGGAGGGGUUCGGGGGAGAGCGGGAAGAGCAGUCGUAGAGAUUCGACCACGAUCAUCCCGCCUCCCCCGCCCCCGCCGAAAAUCGUCGGUGCGACAAAGAAACGUCGAGACUCACGGGGUAAAGUGGACCCACCCGCGUACUACCGACAAGAGCAGCGACCCUCCACUUCCUCCACCGCCUCGGACUCUGGCACGUCAGCGGGGAUGCUUCAGAUCAGUACCGGCACCAACGUUGGUACCGCACCGAACUCCUCGACCGAUUCAGCUUCACAAUCGAACUUCAUCGGCGUCCCUUGUCCUACAAUUAUUACUUCGAGCGUUACUCCACCGGCGACUUCUCCAACCGUGCCAACCACCACCGCCACCACCCCCACGCACCCUUUACUAUCCACCCGUAGAGAUUCGACCACGCAAUGUGGGAAAAUUGGAAGAAGGGACUCACGGUCUCACGCGAGUCCGGAACGUCGUAGCUCCCGUCUCCAAAGGCAAAACACCGCCUUCGACGAGAGCCUGCCGCCGGGAAUGAACAGGAGAGGCUCUCAGCCCACCGCUUUGAGUCCCGACGUAGACGAUACGGGUCGUAAAGCGCGCAGGGACUCUUUGAGUCCCGAUUCCGCCUCCCGGGGACGUAGGGACUCCAGGUCUCAUCUGAGCCCCGACAGGUCGGGAGAAAGGGAUAUAAGUCCGGUGAGGCGCGGACGUAGAAAUAAAUUACGUAGACAAUCAACUAGCGUGGCGGGACGACAUGGACACAGGUCUCCGGAUAGUUCGAGUUGCUCCUCCCGAGACCCGAGCCCUAGCGCCCGUGGGGGCCCACCCCCCACCUCCGAAAACUACCGGCCAGCGAUCCGUCGUCAAUCGACCACCGAAGAAAUCCUCAUCGCCAGAGGGUUCAGGAGACAAUCGACCACCGAGGAAAUGAUCAGGUGCAGGAACUUUAGGAGACAGUCCUCACAGAGCGACGAAUGUCAGAGACACAAGGGACGUAGAGACUCCUCGGUCCAGAUCCUGGACGGCACGGUGACCACUAUGACGGUGGAAACGAGCAGUACGUUUUUCGAUUCAAGUACGCAAACAGAACCGUCACCUUUAUACGACAACAACCACUACCACGAGGAAUGUCUGCGGUGCAACUCGUGCGGACUCAACCUGACCGGGCCGAACCAGAAACGCGCUCGACGCUUCAAAAAUCAGAUUUUGUGCGAUCUGCACUUCGCCGACGUGGCCCUCAUGGAGUGCAGCGACUUCAUGCAACAAUUGCGCAGCUUCAAACCGCAGAGUCUGGGAUGCGCGGUCGCGAGACGCAAGAGCAGCACCACUUUGAUCUUUCCGUUGCCGCCGCAGGCCUGUUCCGAUGAAUUUUGCGAAGAAUUUCCACACAAUUUCAUCCCCACCCCCGGCUACUGGAUCGAAUGUUCCAGACAGAAAAUCACCACGGACACCAUCUGGGACGAGAGCGAAUCCGACCACGAGAACGAGAUUCAGGAGGCGAUUGAGGAGACCACCGAUGGUACGGAUCAGGAGAAUGGACACCACGGGAUCAGAAGAAGGGACAGAAGUUGCAGCGAUCUCUAUGAAGAUGACGAGGAUGACGAUAACUCUUUGCCCCGAAAAAAAACGACAAUCGAAGAACAAUGGGAGAAGAAUCAAGGAUUUGAACUGACCAGCGUUGAACAAGAAACGUACGAGCGUUACUUCUAUGGAACGGAACACUGGAACUAUUUCACCAACGAUGAGGAUUUAGGGCCGGUGAUUUUAUCCAUAAAACAGGAAACGCUAAAUAAUCGGGAUCAAUUUAGGAUAUUGGUGCGAGCGAUAAGUUAUACGGUGCACGGACUAAUACCGGCCAGUUGCGUUUUCGCCGACCGAUAUAAUCGCGAGGAAGUGGUGCGAUCGCUCGGCAAAGAAGUUAACAUAAAUCCCCCAUUAAUUCUUGGACAGCUUCCAGACACACCCGAGGAACUUUUAAAAUUGGAUCAGGUGUUUAUCAAAUCCGAACUAAAAGUGGGGGUAAUUUACGUAAAGGAAGGCCAAUACACCGAAGAGGAAAUCCUCGACAAUAACGACAACUCGCCCCUGUUCGAUGAAUUUUUGCAAAUUUUAGGGGACAAAGUGAGACUGAGGGGCUUCGAUAGGUACAAGGGAGGCCUAGACACUGUCCACGACUUAACAGGAUUAUACUCGAUUUACACGAACUGGAGGAACAUUGAGAUAAUGUUCCACGUUAGCACCCUGUUGCCUUACGAGAGCCACGACCCGCAAAAAUUACAAAGGAAACGACACAUAGGGAACGAUAUCGUUUGCGUGGUGUUUUUGGAGGCGGAUAACACGUCAUUUUCGCCGGCGUGUAUCAAAAGCCAUUUUUUACACACUUUUAUAUUGGUACGGACCUCGCCGAGGAUCAAACGUAAACCGACCAGGUACGAGGUGUCGGUGGUGACGAGGGACGAGGUGGGCGCGUACAAACCCUACCUCUGGGAGCAGAGUCUCUUCGACAAAGGGCCGAUGUUCCGUGAGUGGCUCCUCACCAAAAUCGUCAACGGGGAACGCGCCAGUUACUCGGCCCCGAAGUUCGCCCGGAUGCAGGAACGAACUCGUUCCCAAAUGCUCGAGGACAUCGUCGCCAAUUUACAAAAUCACGCUGAAACUGGACAGAUUCCGAAACCGUAUAGGCGAGGUUCGUGGAGGCCGAUAGGGCACAUGCGUCCCUCCUCGCCCCUCCUCGACAGCGUCCGGGAUCAGUUCGAGGAUUACGAUCAGAUCGCCAAGGAUUUCACCAAAUUCUUUCUGAAUACGGACGAUAAUUCGGCAGCGAAUGCCCUGUUGUUCGACGUCACUUUCAUGGUCGGCCAGAGUAAGCAAAAAGUGAAACUGGUGGGCGUGAGGGCGAUCCUUGGGGUGCGCAGUCGCGUCUUCCAGGAAAUGCUCUACGGGAUCCAGACCGGUUUCGGUUCUCCCCAAGUACCGGUUGCGGAACUGCUCGCCCGUCCAGUACCGACCCUCCUUAGCCCCCAACAGUCUCGCCCGAAGUCCAGCAACUUCCUGCAGGUACCGGACAUCGAAAGUCCACGACCGAAAAGUGUGCCCAGUUCACCGAUGGUGAAACGGGCGUUCACCCGUUUAGGGACGAUAACGGCCGGUUGGGGGCGCUCCAUACGCAAACAAAACGCCCAACAAUUGUCGGCCGACGAUAAGAAAAAAUGGGCGAGCAGUCAAGAUUGUUCGAAUAAAGAGGGUAAAGACAAAGACGGCAAAGAAAAGUGCCCCACCCAGUUACCGGUGCCGAGGCUCAGCGUAUGCGCGGACGCACAAAAAGUCGACCGGGCCAAACUUGCCCAGACUGAAUUUUCUAUUAUCGAAUUUGACUCUGAUACUUUUAGAAUAUUGUUGGAUUAUUUACAUACAGGAUCAUGUCCACUGACUUGUUCGACAAUACCGGGUCUCAUAUGUGCCGCGGAGCAUUAUGACCUGCCCGACUUGUUGCAAGCAUGCUUUCAUCACGCCAAACAGUUUUUGAGGAUAGAUGUGGUUUGUUGCAUGUUAUGCUCCUUAGAAAACUAUUAUUGGCGCUACACUUCCGCCUCUGAACUAGUGAACAUGAUCUUGGCCUUCGUGGAGACCCGCGCUUAUGCCCUCUUCCAAAGCGCGGAAUUUUUAAAUUUGAGCGAAUCGAUGGUGCAAAUGAUCAUGUGCAGAAACUUGGAAAUUCCGGAGAUAAGAAAGUUCGAGGCGAUGCUGUCGUGGGCACGACAUAAGAUCAGGACAAAAACGUCCAGUAAACUGGACGCCAAGUUGGAAUUCAAGUGCAUAAUGGAGCGACUUGCCAGAGAUUUGAAACUUUACAGGAUUUCCCCGCAGGAACUCAUUAAGGUGGUGCUGCCAUCAAAAGCGAUCAAAAACGAACGGAUCCUGGAAACCCUGAUGUUCCAAGCGAACUCCGGCAUGUACCGCAUCCAGGAUUCUUACAUAAAAGAAUGUACACAAAGACUGCAGAAACAAGAUUCCCGUUUUUCCGAAUGGGAAUCGUUCGAUUACAGCGCUUAAGAUGUUUUUGUUUAUUAUUAAUUUCAUAGGGACAAUCAUUCCAGAUGUUUUUUCCGGUUGUUUUUUCUUUGUAAGGUGGCCAGAUUAAUUUCAAUUUUUUUUAUCAUUUAAUCCAGAUUUAAAAGCUCGACAAUCAUUCGCCAUUUUUCUGUAUAUAAGUUUUUAAACAAAUUGGAGAAAAACGUGUCUAAAUGUGUGCAAGCGCGCGAGUUAAUAAGGUGAAAACCCGCUAUUUACCUACCUGGGAUCAAUUUUUAGCUAAAAAAAAAACUAUAUAUUAUUGCCUACAUUGUAUAUUAAAUUAUUUCUUUUUUAAUUAAAAAGAAUCAAUUAGGAUUAAAAAGCAACAAUUUUUAAAUUAUUUAAUUUAUGUAAAUUUCCUACACAGCAGGUUAAAGCGGACCUUAUUUGCUAACUUAUUUAAAUGUUUGUCGUAUAAUAUUAAGCUCUUACCCUUGUAUAUUAAUAUAGCUGUAAUAUAAUACUCUGUAUGUGUUCGCCGUAUGUACUAAUAUUUAAAAAAGAAAAUAAAAAAGAGGAGCAAGGGGCACUCGGUGUGCUUCCAAGACUUGAAAAUAUAUUUUAAUUACUUACGUAGCCAGAUGAAAUGUUAAAAAUAUUUUGAUACUAAAUUUCUUAAAAAUGGGUAAUUGGGGCCUAAGGGUGGUGCAACAGGUAAAAAAUUAAAUUUUAAAACUAUUUUUGGUCAGCUUUUUUUGAAAUGUUAACUGACUGUGUCAUGCGGUAUUUGAAUGGGUGGUAAAUAAAUCAUAAUAAUUCACAGUGGGGGAAAAGUGUGAAAAAUUCAUUUUUAUUUACAAUCAUUUAAUGUUUUUUAGCAUGGACAUUUUAAUGAAAACUAACAUGCAUAAUAAACUCAAUUUUCUUUGUAGGAAAAAAAUCAGUACGCAGGAGAAUUUUACAAGAAUUCAAUAGUUUCACAUAAAUGUGCCACCCCUAGGCCUAAUAACACCUUGAACAAAUUUAAGUUAAAUCUUCUUGUACGUGCUAAGUAUAUAAGUGUCUUCUAUACACAUAACAUAAGUAUAUUAUAUCAUAUUAAACAAAUUGGCGUACAUUGAACUAUAAGUAUCGAAACGCCUUAAAUGUUAAAAAGAAAAAAAAGACGUUAUCAUAAAUAGUAAUUGUUGUCUGUUUAAUAUAAUGUGUUAUUUAUUAAAAAAAAAUAUUCCUUUAAUCUAAGAUGAUCUAUUGAGUGUUAAAUUAUCUGUCUGUACAUUUUUUUUAAAAUUAAUAUUGUCUUUGUAUAUAACAAUGAUUGUUAUUAUAAAUGGUGCAGUGGCGUUCCUUUAAAGGCUAUUUUAUUCGGAAAAGUUUUGUAUUGUUUAGGCAAAAAUCUCAUUAAAACAAAAAAAAACUGCCCCGCCCUUUCCUACAUUAUUAUUAUUAUUAAUAUAUUGUGAUUUUAUUAAAAAAAAACUAUUGUGGGACAAUUUCUUUGUUGUUUCUGUACGUGUAAACCAAAUCCUAUAUAUGAUAUUAUUUAAAAAUGGUGUAAUAAUAAUAAAGACUAUAAUACCCGUAACGAAAAUCUAUUUAAAUUUCUCUACCAUGAUAGACUCUCCUUCAUAUAUUUUCAUCAAUAUUCACUUAUCAUAAGUGUGAUGGGGUCAUUAA